AUUGUUGUAGUUGGAACUCAUCAAACUGUCAGUGUUCUCAAUCUGUCUCACCAGAUGUGUUCGUUGAAGAGCUAUAAUGUUUGUUUAAGAGAGUCAACCUUACAGCUUCCCACUUUCAUAAACACUAGUAACCGUAAGAGGAGGAAUGUAAGAUGGUGUUCUCCACAAGCAGCCAUUCUCCAUGGUUUCCAUCUUCCAAUGCGCAGUCUUGAGGUUAAAAAUAGGACAUCGGUAGAGGAGAUAAGGUCACUUCAAUUAAUCACUGCCAUUAAGACCCCAUAUCUACCUGAUGGCAGAUUUGACCUUGAAGCUUAUGAUGCCUUGAUGCAUAUGCAGAUUUUAAAUGGUGCUCAAGGCGUGAUAGUGGGCGGCACAACAGGUGAAGGGCAUCUCAUGAGCUGGGAUGAACACAUCAUGCUCAUUGGACACACAGUUAAUUGUUUUGGUGGAUCGAUAAAGGUGAUUGGUAACACUGGAAGCAACUCAACAAGAGAAGCAAUCCAUGCCACCGAACAGGGUUUUGCUGUUGGGAUGCAUGCUGCCCUUCACAUCAAUCCUUAUUAUGGAAAGACAUCCAUGGAAGGUAUGGUUGCUCAUUUUGAGGCCGUUCUUCCUAUGGGGCCUACGAUUAUCUACAAUGUUCCAUCUAGGACUGGUCAAGAUAUUCCUCCUCGGGUAAUCCACACCAUUGCACAAAGUACUAAUAUGGCUGGUGUUAAGGAAUGCAUGGGAAACGAUAGAAUCAAAGAGUACACAGAUAAUGGCAUUGUGACAUGGAGUGGCAACGAUGAUCAGUGUCAUGAUGCAAGAUGGGGCUAUUCAGCCACCGGAGUGGUAUCUGUUGUUAGCAACUUGGUUCCAGGAUUGAUGCGAAAGCUAAUGUCUGAGGGCCUGAACUCCACGCUGAAUGCAAAGCUCAUGCCUUUGAUUGAGUGGUUGUUUCGUGAAGUUAAUCCCAUUGGCCUGAAUACAACCCUAGCCCAACUUGGCAUGAUGAGGCCCGUCUUUCGGCUCCCUUAUGUACCUCUUCCCCUAGCAAGAAGGGUGGAAUUUGUGAAUAUAGUGAAGGAACUUGGACGUGAGAAUUUUGUAGGCGAUAAAGACGUACAAGUUCUUGAUGAUGAUCAAUUUGUCUUGGUGGGUCGGUAUUAAUUAGUAUGUCCUGUUAAUGCUGGUCGAUUUACAUUGUUUACAGGGAUUUUGUUCACUCCAAAUUGCCCAUUUGUUAGGUACAAUUGUGAUACUGCACUAUCAUACUCCCUUUGUGGCAUUGGGACUUAUUUUGUGAUCACAAGUAUAGGCUACAAUUUCUAAAAG